UGAUUCUCCCCUUUUCUCUCUUUUCACCGAUACUCUCCCGAUAUCCCUAAUAAAUUGCGGAUCAGAUCGUAGCCACAGAGGGUCCUCACCUUGGCACUGACCGAGUGGGUGCUUCCGAUACAGGCCACUAACCUCGGACCUCUCUUCAACAAUAACACUAAGUGCCUCAUCAUAAGAGCAAUCACCCCUCCACGCAAUUCUCGCCACCGUCUCAAUUAUCUCAUCCGGUAAUUUAUUGAUUAAUCAUACUUCUACCUAAUUUACGGAAUCUCCGCCGGCGUUGGACCCGAAUAUUUUGGAGCUGUUUCCUGGCCAUUACCCUACGUCAUGACUACCCUGUAACCUCGAUCUCAUCCCAUCGCGCAACCAUGAGAGUUCCCCGCAACUCUUCUCUGUCAUCAACAACUACAUGUUGCGUCAUGAGGCGGUUCUCGACUGCCGUCAUAAUCACGGACCCUCUGGUUAGGUACCAGACUCAUAUAGCGAGCGGCUUUUACUCGCCAGACCCGUCUCAACAUCGCCUCGCGAGACACUUACAUAAAAUCUACAUCCGCGUCAAGGAUUAUUCACCCCAGACCGAAUACCGCCAGAGGCUACAGCAGAUCACGAGUCUCACAGAGCGCAAGCCAGCGGAAGAAGAAGAUGACGAUGGUACUAUGCUCGCCCGCCGAAACCAUUCAAUAUGGCGGAAUCCUCUCUUCAAGCACCUCUUGACUACGCCCGAAGGCAAGGAAAGUGUAGCGCUGACUAGAGUCCUCACCAACCAUGAGGCAGCGAUUGAGAUCAACUCCCCAAAGGGAUUGUUCCUGUCGGGCGAAGUUGGUACAGGGAAGUCAAUGCUGCUUGACCUGCUCGCUGAUGGUCUCCCUACCGGGCGGAAGAGGAGAUGGCAUUUCAACACUUUCAUGCUGUAUACACUCUCGCAACUCGAGCAGCAUAGGAAAUCAAGUGGUGAAACUGCAACUAAAACGUCAGAGUAUUCCAUUCUGUGGAUGGCCAAGAAGCUCGUUGAAGAAUCACCCAUACUAUUUCUGGAUGAAUUCCAACUUCCUGACAGGGCGGCAAGCAAGAUCCUCAGCCAUCUUUUCAUUGCAUUCUUCCAACUCGGUGGCGUGCUAAUUGCAUCCUCAAACCGCAUGCCAGAGGAAUUGCAAAAAGCCAUCGGUGUGGACUAUACCCCUGCGCCCUCUAAGAGUCUGAUACGAAGGUUCUUUGGCGGCUCGCUGAGGUCGCGUGGCGAGCUCUACGGCGCGAGCAGCGACUUUGCUAAUUUUUUAGAAGUCCUGAAAGCAAGAUGCGACUUUUGGCAGAUGGAAGGCGCAAAGGAUUGGCGAAGAAAGGAAGAAGCGGAUACCUCAGAGACUCCUACUGGCAGCGCGGUCGUCCAUGGCGCAGUCGGAGCAGGUGAAGAAGUCUUGGAGGAGAAACCUGAGCGGCGACUUCAACCUACCAACUACUACCUCUCAUCAGAUGACGAUGGCCUAUGGCGACAACAGAUAAACGAGGCGCUUUCGUGGGGCGGUCUUCACCCGCCUCUCUGGGAACCGUCGACUCUCGUCGUGUACGGCCGUCAGGUCCGCACUCCGAAACACUGCAACGGCUUCGUGUGGUGGAAAUUUGAAGACCUGGUCGACUCAUUCGGUCCUGCCGACUACAUCACGAUGGCUUCCUCAUAUCAUACGUUUAUUGUUGACAAUGUCCCGGUCUUGACACAUGACAAGAAGAACGAAGCCCGGCGAUUUAUUACACUUUUGGAUGCACUCUAUGAGGCGCGUUGCAAACUCAUAAUUAGAGCUCAGAACCCCCCCGAUUCCCUCUUCUUCCCUAAGAAGGGUAAGGCGUCUGGAAAGUCGACCAACUCUGACGAGCCAGACGAUGCCACGUACUCCGAAACUAUCGCCGAAGUCUACCAGGAUCAAAUGUCUCCUUUCAGGCCCAAUGUCUCCUACUACGACACAGAAUCUAGCACAUCACAGUACGAUCCAGACCAGGACUCGGACUUUAAACUAGAGAAGCCUGUCGACUUUGGAAAAACAAGUGCCUUUACUGGCGAAGAUGAACGGUUUGCUUACAAACGAGCCAUUUCUCGACUGUGGGAGCUUUGUAGUUCCCAGUGGCAUGCUCGGACGGGAGACUGGUGGCAGCCGUUACCUGCCGAAGCACGGCAUUGGGAGGGAGGACUCGUCGCGAAACGGGUUGAUCCUGAGGUGAAUAUUCGUCAACGGGAUAUUAAUGAAGUCAUGGGGGAGAGUCUGGAUAUAGAAGAAAUAGCCGGGUUAUCCAAGUGGAGAGUCGAGCACUUGAAGACGCGAGGCGAGAAGGGUACAUAAGAGGCUUAACUGGUUCGUUUGCUGUGUGGGCAACGGCUGGGAGGGUAGAGGCCUUGGAUAUGUAGUCACAAUUAUAGCGGGGGAA